GUCGUGUACUGAUCUUGGAAAAGCAGUGCACUAUGCAGUGGAAAUCAACAAUCUUAACAUUGUGAAAUUCUGGAUCGAAAAAUACCCGGAGCUCGUCGACUAUAUAGAUGAUCAAAUGUUAUCGGUAGCAGGAUGGGCAUUUUUUUGUGGAAAAGUAGAAAUUUUGCAAUUUCUUUUAAAAAACGGAGCUAAGGUGACAAGUAAAGAGAACGUGAGGAAAAACAUACUACGAUGUUCAGGAUACAAGACCACAGACGAGACUGUCGAGGAAUUAAUCAAUUUCUGUUUGGAGAACGACUCGCUAACACAG